GGGUUGGCCGCCGGAGAGAGGCAGGCAGCGAGCGAGCGGCAGAGGCGGAGCUCUGGGUGGACCGCGCCCGGCCUGCGGCCGAGAGCUGAGCUGCCUGCCGCCCUGCCAGACGGUGUGGACCACGGCGGGCUUCUCUUCCCCGCAGCGAUGCCUUCUCUGCCGCCAGCUGCCUCUCCCGCCCCUUCGCCUCUGCCGCCGGCGGCGGCCUCCGCCUGGGCCGGCAACCGCUUGGCGCAGCACGGAAACCAGAACUUUCCUACUGCCUUGGCAAGCCACAGCCAUGAAGGUACAGUGGAACCUAAUCCAGAAAGCACCGGGCAUCCCGAAAUUAUCGCCUAUGCCCUGAUUCCUGUCUUCUUCCUCAUGGGACUCCUGGGAGUUCUGAUCUGCCAUAUACUAAAGAAAAAGGGGUAUCGCUGUACAACAGAAGCUGAACAAGAAGAGGAGAAACUUGGUGAAAAGAUAGAAUUGAAUGAAAGCAUAAAUGAUAAUGGCGACACUUUGGGACAGAUUGCCAACUGCAUUAUGAAAAACGAAGCAAAUGCUGAAGUGUUGAAGGCUAUGGUGGCAGAUAAUUCUGUGAAUUACCCAGAAAGUCCUACGACGCCAGGCAGCCCGACCAGUCCAACUUCUCCUUUGUCUCCUGGAGGUCCUCCGUCCAAACACAACUGCCGUGGCCACCACUUGCACACUGUUGGCGGCGUUGCAGGGAAGGGCGUUUGUACUCGCUGCAGCCACAAACGGUGGCAGCUCUUCAGCCCGGCUAAAAAGCCUAAAGAAGCCAGAAGAGGCCGGCACGGAGAAGUCACCGUUAUGUCUGUGGGAAGAUUUAGAGUCACAAAAGUGGAACACAAAUCUUCAAAGGAACGUAAGAACUUGAUGUCUGUUAGUAGCAUAGAUGGUGUCAAAGGUGAAAUGCCAGCUACACCCAUCAAAGAUGGCUCUAAAGAGGUGCCCACCACACCUGUCGCCAAACAGGAGUCAAAAGAACUUAAUAACACCCCUGCCAAGCAAGCAAGGGAGAGAUCUGGCAUGGAAUAACACCUGGAUGUGGAAUAUUGUAGAGAUCCAGUGCAUGAUGGCGGUUUUUGGAAGAAGCUCACCCGCCACGACACUUUUGAAAUUGGAACACUAAUGUUACGUAAAGAGACAUUUGUAAAGACGCUAUCGUUGUGCCGUUUCUGUGGCUGUAUCUAUGCAAGGCUUGGACCCGGGUACUCAAUAUUUCAGUGACUUAAAAAUAAUUAAUGUGUCUAGUAAUUUGAACAGUGCUGGGACAUGCAGCCAAGCAUUUUAAAGAAUUUAAAAUAUUCUGUGUGCUCAGUUUUAACAUGGCAACACAAAUGAAGUAUUUCUCGGCAUGGACGAAGCAGCUGUCACAGUGUUUCUGCUGCUGUAUUGCGAUGGAAAUACAUGGUAAUGUACAAGAUUUUCAGAGAAGUAAAAUCCAAUGUGGUGUCCAUUUCUGAGCUUUUAGCCUCGGGACCAAAGCUGUGAGCCCUGUGUCCAAUUUUAACUUAUUGCUAGGAUACCAAUGACAGCUAAAUUAAGCUCUGCUUAAUUAUCUUUCCUCUGUGUACUUGUCAUAAUUCGUGUUUCGGUGCUCUGUGCAAUCUCGAAAUGGCAACAGCGUUUGCAUCCUGACAACAUCCUCGUGGUUGGGGCUUGCAUCUUGGUAGGUGCCGUAUUAAAUCCUGAGAGAAUCUCAAGCGUCUUCGUCUCCUACGAAGAAUGUAAGUUUUUGGCUUUUGAACUAGCUUGUGUCUUUGUAUGUGCCAGUUGACUUUAAACUUUUUUGCAGGGCUUUUUUUUUGUAGCGGGAACGUCUUUGCAUACUAGACUACAGGGGAAUGUAGCCUAACAUGCAAAGGAGUUCCUGCUACAAAAAAAAGCCUUGAUUUUUUGGCUGAUGGUUCUUCAACUAAUCACAUAUAAAAUGUGACAAUGGAUAUUCCUCUGCAUCUUCUGAUUGGGCUUAGUCUCUCUGUUUAUUCACGAGUUUUUAAACUGUUUCCACCCACCCACCCAUUGGCAUCAUGUAAGUGAUUUCUGCUCAAAGAAACUAAGGUGUUAUAUCUGUAAGUGCAUUUUAGAAACAGUUUAUGGCUUGAAAGUAAAAAAUAUAAAAUGUGAAUUGCUUUUCUAACAACUCUACAUUCAAUCCAUUGCCUUUGGCAAGAAUCCGACAUCGCUGUUUUGUAGAGAUACCUGAAUGAGAGAGUGUGAAUUGCAGCCACCGUAUAACACACAAUACUAUAUCGCUGUCACUGGAUUGCCAUUGUAAAAAAAGGCCUUUUUUUCGAUAGAUACGUCAUUAAAUGUAUUUUAACAAUUUGAUUGGAAAUAUAUAUUCAUUGCUUUAUUUCCAAUAUGCGUUAACUAGGGUUGAGCUAUAAUGGUGAGUGGAUACAUAUACAUGUCUUUCUGUAUACUUUUGGCCUUUGCUAAAAACCAUCCCCUUUCCUUUUGCAAUUACUUCUUGGGAGACAGUGGCAAGAAGGGAUGAAAAUAUCUGCCCAUUGAGAGAGAGGUCAGAAUGCCCUUGUUUUGAAUUGGCUUUGUGAUGUCAUAGAGCCAAAGCUGGGAUAUCACACUGACUACAUGAUCCCAGUCAGCCGGGAUGUAAAGCAGCCCACAUUUUAAGAACAUGGCAUUGAAGGACCUGCUAACUGGGACUCAAAUAGUUCUUGAGCCAAGGUGAACGGUGUGUGUGUCUGGAGAGCUACCAUUGGUCACCCCUGCCCUAAUGGAUUCAGAAGAGAUGAAGACCAGUUCAGGGAUGGCAGUUUUAAUAUGGAAGCCUGUUCCCUGGUGUAGGUGGAAACAGGCCUGUAUGUACAGAAGGACUGGGAUACGGGCAGAGAGAGAGAACUAUGCCUCUGCCUUUAGGUUAUAUGUGAUGCUUUCGCAUUAGCUGCUAAGAAAGACUGACUUUAGAUAUCCCUUUUUGCCUCGCAAAACUUGUAAUCUGCUUAUUUAAAAUACUUUGUAAACCAUCUGCUUAGCAGAAGGAAUCCUCGCUUUCUCACUAGUACACAUUCAAUCCAUUGCCUUCGGCAAGAAUCCGACUUGUGGCUGUUUUAUAGAGAUACCUGAAUGAGAGUGUGUGAAUCGCAGCCACUGUAUAACACACAAUACCGUAUCGCUGUCACUGGAUUGCCAUUGUAAAAAAGGCCUUUUUUUCGAUAAAUACAUCAUUAAAUGUAUUUUAACAAUAUGGUUUGUAUAAAAACUUUUGUACUACUUGGACAAUAAACAUUAUAAAAUCUUUUUAAAA